UAAAACUCUUAGCAAUUACGACUAAAUAUUUUUUAUUGUUGAACAAAUUAAUCUGGUUUUAAUUUAUAUCAAAUACGCUUUCCAUUGAAAAAAUACGUUGCACGAGUACAUAUUAUUUUCUCGAUGGAUCUUAAUAGUUUUAUCAAAAGUUGUCAUGGAAAAAUUAAUUUACAUCCUGAAUUUUUUCUGAAUCAAUGUGAUUCUCGGACCUUUUCAUACAUUCAACCAUUCUGUUUCAAUAGUGAUGAUAAUCCCAUAGUUGGUUAUAUUUAUAAAAAACCAUCUCAAAAAGCUGUAAACUCUAAUGUUUUGAAUUCAUUGAGUUCUGAUGAUGAAGAUGACGAUGAUGAAUUAGAAUUAACUGGAAAUCCAUUAGAAUGUCCUUUUAGUCCAGUAAAAGCUGAAAUAAUUCAAGUUAAAACAAACAGACCUAUAGAUAGCCAUUUCCCCUUAAAUUUGCUUCAAGCAAGGCAACUAGUGUACUUAAAACUAAAGGAUAAUCAGUUGAUUAGUGUACCAAUAUUCAUAUUAUGUGAUGGACUUAAGAAUAAUACAAUUUUGUUGGGCUCUCAUACAUGUAAAGGAUGGAAUUCACGUUAUUGGGGUGAAUAUAAAGGUCAUAAUGAUGUAGAACAUGAUGAGUUAUCUGUACAAAGUAUGAUAGAAACUCAUAAGAAAUUUCCUCAAGUGUCAUCUAUGAUAUUGGAGUCUAAAGUGUCUGCUGUAAUAAAUUUAAAUACUGUUACUAAUACAGAAGAAUUAACAUUUAUUGACAAUAAUCCAGGAAUGGUUGUUCUUCAUCUUAGUUGGCGUAGACCAUCUCUUUUUGCUCCUCUCAUGUCAACAGAGUCAUCUAUUGACAUUCAUUGUAUAUUAGGUCAUGAAACUAGUCCAUUGCAUUCAUUAUGGCACCAAUUAUUAUUUUUAGAAGAUUUAAUUGAUCAAUUGAAAUAUUUGAAAGAUGAAUGUUUGACUAACAGACAUAAUAUUGUGUUUCCUCAAUUUCAAGGUGAUAUAAGAGGUAGUACUAAUGGGAAAAUUAUUGAAAUGUUCCCAAGUAUGUUGCAAAAUGUAUCUUCUACAUUGUACAAACGAGGGAAAUUUGGAGGGCAAGAAGAUAAUGAACAAAAAUUAUUUUGUCAAUGUGUCAUAGAUGUCAUUGCUUCUGAAUGUAUUCAACAAGAAUUUACCGAUAAACUUUGGAUAUAUUUGCUGGAAUGCAAAUCAUAUCAUGAUUUGAUUGGGUGUUUUGAACUUUUGUAUAAGUCUGUAAAAAAUGAAACAUUUAAGCCAUUGAUUAAAUCUUCAAAUGGUACAAGGUUAGCACAUAUAUUAAAAUCUUUACCAGGAAAUACUUUAUUUAAUCCAGAAAAGUUGUAUGAUCCUCUUCAGCUAUUAAUUGAAAUUGGUAUUGAAAAAUUAAAAAAUGAUUACACUCAAGCGUUUGUAGUUUCAAAAGUAGCUUUGGCUGAUAAUUUAAAAUUAGAAUAUAACAACAAAUUUUGUAAUAUUGAUUAUUCUAAUUGGUGGACAACGUUAGAGUCAUGGAUGAUAUGGUUAUGUAGAGUUCAUACAGUUUUAGAUUUAGCUGCCAUUACUGAAUCUGUUUUAAAUAUAUCUACUCAGAGUAUGAUGCCAGUUAUAACAAAGGCAUUGAGCUAUUAUCUUGGUGAUGAAUCACCAAUACAAUCAGUAACUUCUGUUAAAAUUCUACCUCCACAAAUAUUCCGGUCUUCAAUUAAUACCCAUUUUAUUGAACAUCACAUACCUAAAGCAUUUACUUAUGAUAGCUGGACAUUACAGUUAACAUCACAGAAUAAUAAUCGACGUGUUAUUAGCAUAUUUCAUCGUGAUACUAAAAACAUUUUACCUAAACAAGUAUAUCAAGGUAUUUCCAAUGGUGAAAUGAAGAGUACUAAAUCAAUGGAUCAAACAACUAUGGCGUUAGAGACAUAUUACUGUAUUAACUUCCAUGUAUUGUCAGAUCAUUUCAAAUAAUAUGAAUAACCUUUUAAACAUUUUAUUCUUAUUAUAGUUGUUCUUAUAUUUAUAAU